UGUUUGAGGCUGUGGCCGUUUUGGGAUUAUUCUCGGGAGUCAGAGGUCAUUCUACAAACAGUUUUCCUCCAAGUAUGGACAAGAGCCAUCUAUCGACAUCUAAUGACAUCAUAAUGACGAGCUCAACAGGCUCCUAUCAGCAGGAACCGCUAACUCCACCCAGACCCACCCAUCUCCACUCCUCAUCCUCAUCCUUAUCCUCUCCUUCUCCGUCCUCUUCCUCCUCACCCCUCAAGCCCAACCAGGUCGGCCAGGUCAUCCUGUACGGCGUUCCAAUUGUAUCGCUGGUCAUUGAUAAUAUCGAGAGACUUUGCCUAGCGCAGAUUUCCAACACACUCCUCAAAAACUACAGUUAUAAUGAGAUCCAUAAUCGUCGUGUGGCGCUGGGCAUCACCUGUGUCCAGUGCACUCCAGUUCAGUUGGAGAUUCUUCGUCGGGCUGGUGCCAUGCCCAUCUCAUCCCGCCGCUGUGGCAUGAUCACUAAGCGUGAAGCUGAGCGCCUCUGCAAGUCCUUCCUGGGAGAGAACGCACCUCCGAAACUGCCCGACAACUUUGCCUUCGAUGUGUCACACGAGUGCGCCUGGGGCUGCCGUGGUAACUUCAUCCCAGCACGCUACAACAGCUCCAGGGCCAAAUGCAUCAAGUGCUCCUUUUGCAACAUGUACUUCUCCCCAAAUAAGUUCAUUUUCCAUUCCCACCGAACACCUGACGCCAAGUACACCCAGCCCGAUGCUGCCAACUUUAACUCCUGGCGACGACACCUCAAACUCAGUGACAAACACCCACCUGAUGAGUUAAUUUAUGCAUGGGAAGACGUCAAAGCUAUGUUCAACGGAGGGAGCCGGAAGCGAGCGCUGCCCUCUUCAGCCCAGUGUCCCUCCAUGGGUCCUAUGAAGAAUCUCCCAGGUUCGGUGGUGCCUCACAUGAUGGGACCUGACCUGGGUGGUCAGAAAAGAGCUCGCUAUGAAGACGAGGAUGAUCUUGAUGGAGGCAGCCUGUCACCCCGCAAAACACCACGUAGCUACCCUGUCAUCCCUGUCCCAAGCAAAGGCUUCGGCAUGCUGCAGAAGUUUCCUCCCACGUCGCUCUUCCCCUCACCUUACCCCUUCCCUGCAUUCGGGCUCUGCCAGCAGAAAAAAGACGAUAGUGAUGUUUCCGGUGGGCAGAAAGGAGCAGGGCUGUCAGGUCUUUUAUGGCCUGGCCGCAAAGACACUUUUUAUCCUCCUUUCUGCAUGUUUUGGCCACCAAGAGCAGCAGGAGGAAUUCCUGUGCCCACCUACCUCCAGCCUCAGCCCAGCGCCCUCUCCUCCCUGGCAGACAACCCUUCUCUCAGGCAGGCCUUUCUGGAUCUCUCAGACCCCAGCGAACCUGGAGCUGUAGCUGGCAAUGGUAAUAGUGUCAGCGUAACCAUGGCCCCCGGCAGUGGGACGACCACAACCAGAACCGGGCUGUUUGAACCAGAGUGCACAACAGUAACCCCAGACCUUCGCCCUGUGACGUCAGAGGGCUGGCUCAAACUCCUGGACACCUCAACCCUCCAAAACAGGAAGCCGAGCUAUGGCUCAGCCUUCCGCCCUGUCAUUAAGGAUGCCGAGAGCCUCGCCAAGCUCCACAGCAAUGGUGGAGGAGUCACUGGGGCAACAGACGAGGAGUUUGGGGUUGCCGGGUCAGAUCGCCACCAGCGGCUAUCGCCCAGCAGCAGCUGUAGUUAUGGAAGUGAAAGUGGAGGCGACGGAGAGGCGGAGGGAGCGGAGAGUGAGGAGGAGGGGGAGGUGGAUGUGGAGUCAUCGAAGCAGGAAGACGAAGAAGAGGAUGGGAGCUUCACUAACAGGCCGCUACAGACUCAGACCAACCUGUACCUCCCUGCACUGAGCGACACAUCUGGAGAGGAGCGGGGUAAGGAGAGAGGGAGUGGAACAGGAUAUCCCAGAACCUCCUCUCCCUCCUCCUCGGACCCCAUCCAGCAGGAGUCCCCCAGCCUGCCUGCCUCCCCUCACGCCAGCCUGCCUCUCUCUAUAUCCACCACGCCUCACCGAGACCCAGCUUACAAAAACGUUCACAAAAAUAGAGACGAAGGACUACCUGCAUACGCAACCAAAGACAACGCCAGCAUUUCUGAUGAAAACAAAGAGCAGAAUAGUUUCUUUGUACCAGAGAGUGAGACGUCAGCGCCCGACUACUGGAGGGAAAGCUCAGGUGAUCAAAGCCAAGGUGCUGCCUCUCCUGUGCCCCUAAAGAAGGAUGUUGAGAACAUGGAAAAAGAGGAGCUCCAGAAGGUUCUGCUAGAGCAGAUCGACUUCAGGAGGAGACUGGAGCAGGAGUUUCAUGCUCUGAAGGGCACCUCGCCAUUUCCUGUCUUCCAUAAUUUCCAAGACCAGAUGAAACGAGAGCUCGCCUACAGAGAAGAGAUGGUCCAACAGUUACAGAUGAUUCCCUACGCAAACAUCAUCAGAAAAGAAAAAAUCAGCUCCCAUCUCAACAAGUAGCGAAAAGGCCGAGAAAAUCCCAUCCCUAGAGGAAGAAUAUGCCUGGAUUUCUGUGAAUGUCCCAAGAAUGAUUGAAAAAAAACAGUCACAAGAAAUAGUUUUAUUUUCCAAACUGACUGAACUGGAAUUGGGGAACAAACUGGACGACAUCAGGGUAUACAGAAGGACUCCAGCUCUCUUCUCAUUGCUGCGCUGGCAGUCAGACUCAAAGCUUUAUCCAACAAGACCAAAGUAGCAGCAACCUUUCUUGUCUUUUGUGAAUUUUAGGACUGCUGAAGACCACCAGGAAGGCAGUUAUAGACUUUGUCAGAAAACUCAGAACUUUUCCGAGCUCUUAAAAGAUGAAGAGAUUAAGAGAAGAGAGUCAUAUAUACAGAAAGACUGGGUGUUAUUGUCCAUCACUCGGACUGCUGCUGGCCCAACUGUACAUACACCAAACUGUGGAUGAGAACAGACUUCACAUUAAGAUUGUUGCUGUUACUGUUGUUGCUAAAGAGAAACAAACAUAUCAACCUUUAUUUAUUGGCAACAUUCUCCUCAUCAUGUCCAGUUGUGUUUAUUGACCAAAACAAACUUCCCUGUGUACACAGAUUAUGAACACGAGGUCAGAUGUUGGCGGUGACUUGAUGCACCCAUGUUUGGUCCCUAACUUGAAUAUGCCAGAUGAAGAACAAAAUAAAAUGGAGAAAAUUAAGGAAGUAUUGGUGGUUUGGGUUUUAAACCUAAUCAUGCAAUUAGAGCAGUAUUUAUACAGGGUGGUAUCACACUUUAUGGAAACUGCACAGUUUGUACCUGUAAUAUUUGCGAGAGAUUUCUGAAUGUUCAAAAGAAAAACACAGUGUUAUGUUCAAUGCAGACGUUGGUGCAUCUGAUCAAAUCUUUUUCACCUUUUAUUUAUAGAGGAAAAGGCACUUGAAAACACCAUCCUGUGUCACACCUACAGUAUAUCAUUAAGAAACUAUUUCUGCUGUUAAUUUCUGAGCAUAUAUUGAGCAGCUGAAGAACGCUUUGCUGAAAGGCACCCUGAAGGUACUUUUUACCUUUCACCCAAAAUUCACCUGAUUCCACCCAGAGUUGAAGGUAGUAUUACCGCCAUCAGCUAAACAUGUUUGGGGUGUCAUCAGAUGGUGAAUACAAAUUUAAAGGCCAAUUCCAUCUACUUGUUUGUUCUCCUAAUGAGAGUCUGUGCUACGAGGAGCAAAAGACUGAUGAUUGCCAGUGUUGUAUAUCUACCUGUAAAUGAUUUCACCUGACUGUAUAAAAUGUCACACGUGAGAAAACCUGUCAG